AUGUUAAUUCAUCCAUUUAUACAAUCAUUUACUGAAAUAAUUGAUAAUAGGAUGAAGUUAGGGAAUAAUAUGGAGGGAGUUAUAGAAUGUAAAAAUUGUCAAACUGAUACACCCAAAUGUAAUAAAGUUUGUCUUACUUGUAAUUCUGACAUUGGUGAACGAUGUUGGAGAUGUAAUUAUUUGGGAAAAAUAAACUCAAAAUUUUGUUUUAGAUGUAAUGUUAAAUUACAUCCAACUUCAAUUCCACCAAAGGAUUCAAUACAACCAAUACCAAUAUUUACAAAACAUCCAAUAGCCUCUACACUUUUAAUUAAUAAAUCAAUAAUUCCAACUCAAUCAGAAAAUAAUAGUAUUAAUGAUAAUAAUAAUAAUAAUAAUAAUAAUAAUAAUAAUAAUAAUAAUAAUAAUAAUAAUAAUAAUAAUAAUAAUAAUAAUAAUAACAACAACACAAACAAUAAUGAUAGCAAAAUUAUUGAUGCUACUAUAACUAAUACUAAAAACAAUAACACAACUAAUAAUAAUAAUAUUAGUAAUAAUAAUAGUAGUAAUAUUAUUAGUAAUAGUAAUAAUAAUAAUAAUAAUAAUAAUAAUAAUAAUAAUAAUAAUAAUAAUAAUAAUAAUAAUAAUAAUAAUUUGAAUUUCCUUAAAAAAAGUACAAGCUGUGAUAAUGGUAGUUUUGAAAGUAUCAGUGAUUCUAUCUCACCAAUAAAGGAUAUAAUUAACAAUAUAAACAAUAGAACCAAAGAUAUUGAAAAAUUAAAUAGUGCGUUGCCGUUAAACAAAAAAUCAAAUUCUUCUACUUCUUGGUCAAAUUUUAAUACUUUUAAAAAUAAUAGUAAAACCAAUAAUAAUAAUAAUAAUAAUAAUAAUAAUAAUAAUAAUAAUAAUAAUAAUAAUAAUAAUAAUAAUUAUAAACCAACAAUAACAAGUAGUCAAACCCAACCCUCGCUUAUGGAAAAUAGUAAAGAUAUCGACAAAAAAGAAAAAAUACCUUCAAAUAUUAAUAAUAAUAGAAGCACCACUAUUAUUUAUAAAUAUCAAGAAGAUAAUAGUGAAGAUUAUACGGAUGAUGGUGAUUUUGAAGAGUUUCAAAUAAACUCUAAUCUAACCUCAGAAUCAUCAUCAAUUGAUUCUUUAAUAAUAAAGGAUGGAGUAAUAGCAACAACUGUGACAUCAUCAACAAUAAAUUGUAUUAAUGACAAUAACUUUGAUCCUGAUCAAUUAUCAUCAUCGACAUCAUCAAUAAAGAAACCAAAAUUAUUCUAUUCCAUAACUAAAAAGAAAUUAGUAAGUCAAUCACCACCGCCACCACAACCACCAUUUUUAGCUUCAGCUUCAUCAUCAUCAACAACAACAAUAACAACAACAGAUUCUCUUGAAAAAUCAAUUAAAGAUUCAACACCAAUAGCUACGACAUUGGUUAAUGAUUAUCAAAAUCAAAAUCAAAAUUUAAAUAAUGAAUCGGCAGCUUCAUCAUCAUCAUUAUCAACAACAACAACAACAACAACAACAACAACAACAACAACAUUAUUACCAGAUUCUCAAACCAAUUUAAAUAAUUUAAUAUUUAUUGAAAAGUUAAAUAAUGAUUUAUCUGGUAGUAUUGAAACUUUGAAUAAUAGUUUAAAUAAUAGUUUAAAUAGCUUAAAUUCCAGUUUUAAUUUUAGAUUAAAUUUAAAUUCAAUUACAAAUAAUGAAGAUAAAAGACUUUCAAACUCAUCAUUAUUGGAUGAAAUAAUUGAUGCAUUUCCAUCUCCACCUUCAAAGAAUCCUUACAUUUCAGUUUUAAAUACUAGUGGUGGUAUAGGUAGUAAUAGUAACAGUAGUAAUAAUAAUAAUAGUAACAGUAAUAAUAUAACAAAUAGUAAUAGUUCAAGUUUCAGUAAAAAGAAUAGUAAUAAUAAUAAUAAUUAUCAACCAGUUAUUUCACUACCAAUUCCUAUUGUUAAUCAUCAACAACAGCAACAACAACAACAAUUACAAACAGCUGCAAUUUUAGGUAAUAAUAAUAUUAAUUUUAUUCAAAAUCCAUCAUCGACAUCGACAACGACAACGACUACGACUGCUUCUACUACAACUAUUUUAAUUAAAUCUGAUCAUAGAACCAAUUUAAUAAAAGAGAUUUUAACAACUGAAUUAGAUUAUGUUAACGAUUUAGAGACCAUUAUUAAUGUUUUUUGUAAACCACUUAGAGAUUUUAUAUCAAAUGAAGAUAGUGCAAGUAUUUUUUCAAAUAUUGAGCAAAUUUGGCAAAUUAAUAAACAACUCUAUGAGAAUUUAAUUUCAAAUACUUUAACUAUUGGUCAAGUUUUUUCAAAUAUGUCUGAUUCAUUAAAAGUUUAUUCUGUAUAUUGUAAUUAUCAUCAAAAAUCUUUGGAUAGUUUAAAUCAAUUAUUAAAAACUCCUCAAAAUGAAUCUUUUUUUGAUCAAUUAUUAAGUAAACCUGAAUUAAGAGGAAUGGGUCCUCAUUCAUUUUUAAUUAAACCUGUUCAAAGAAUUUGUAAAUAUCCAUUAUUAUUAAAAGAAUUAUUAAAAGCUACAGCAGAGGAUCAUUUUGAUUAUCCACAAUUAAUACUUGCUGUUGAAAAAAUUGAAAAAAUUGUUGGUACAAUAAAUAGUCAAAAGAAAGAAAUGGAAACUUGGCAAAGAACAAUGCAAUUAAUUCAAAAUUUAAAAGGUGCUGAUAAUUUACAAUUAUUAGCAGCAAAUAGGCAUUUAAUUUUAGAAGGAUCAUUACAUUUAGUGAUUGGAUUCACAGAGAAUGCAGAGAAAAAGAAUUCAAGUUUAAAAUUUAAAAAAGGUGUUUACUUUUUAUUUAAUGAUUUAUUUUUGUUUACAAAACAAAAAGGUACAACUUAUAAACUAUUAUUUUAUACUCAAUUGGAUAAUGUUUUAAUUCAUGCAAAUGUUUCAAAUUGUUUCCCUGCUGAUAAGAGUGUAUUCUCUUUAGUUGAAAUUGGUGUUGGUGGUAGAAAAUGGACAUUUUGUAAUACAAAUUCAAAUAGUAGUAAUAUUAGUAAUAGUGGUAAUAGUAGUGGCAUUAUUAAUAGUAGUAGUAGUAGUAGUGGUAGUUGUAGUAAUGGCGGUAAUAGUAGUGGAUAUAAUAAUUUAAAUAAUACAUGCGGUAUAUAUAGCGGUAAUAGUAAUAAUAAUAACAAUAAUAAUAAUAACAAUAAUAAUAUAUUUUCUACUAUUCAAAAAUUAAUUGAAAAAACAUGGGAGGAUAAAUUCAUGGGACAAAGUAGCGUUUCACAUAGAUUAAGUAUCCCAUCGACAAGUUCUCCAAAUAAUGGUGCUUCUUUGAAUGGUAAUAGUAGUAGUAAUAGCAGUAGUACUUCAAUAUCAACAGUUGGUUCUCCAAAUGUUACUUCAGCUGCAAAACAACAACAGCAACUACAACAGCAACAACAAUCUUCAAAGAAAAGAAAUAGACGUCUAGUAAAAAGUUUAGUUAAUAUUAAAACAUAA